AUGACUCUUUUUCUACCCGUACACUCCUCCCGCUCUCUAUUUUCCCGAUCACUAUCCUCUUACUCUUCCUCUUCCAACUCUCUUUCCUACUGCUCCCUUACCGCUCACUCCCCUCCUGCUCAUCAUUAUCCUGCUCUCUUUCCUCCUGCUCUAUCUUUCUUCCCCCCCCCGCUUACUUUUUCGCCUCCUGGUCAUCUUCUUCCUUCUCACACUCCUCCCGCUAUUCCUUUUCCUGCUCACUCUCCGCCCGCUCUUCCUCUUACCGCCGCUAUUUCCUCGCGAUUACUCUCUUUCCGUUUAUCGCUCACUCUUGUUCUUCUGUCUUUCCGCUCACUCUCCUCCUUCUCACCUUUCUCCUGCUUUCUCUCUCUCUCUUUCGUCAUACCCUCGCUCUCUCUUUUCGCUCACUCUCUUUACCCAUUAACACCCCUCUCAUUCUGUCUCCUCCUGCUUCCUUUUUCUCCCUUCUAA